UCGGACAAAAUAGCGUUAUCGGUCUGUUUUAACACGAGAUAUACCUCGGAUGACUCAGUAGCUAUCCAAUAUCUCAAACGGUUACCAGUGAAGUAUCGAAUAAAAAGAUGUUCUGUGACAAGAUACUGAUAUUUGUGGUGAUUGGUUCAGUCCUCAACGUUGUCAACUCGGCACCACAGCUUGGAGGUGAAACUGCUAGCUGUUUCGAUUACCAAUGCCCCCCAAGAACUACUGGAUGCAAGAAAGUGACCAAGACCUCCGAGGAUAAAGCGACUCUAGUUGAAACAGUCGUUUGUCUGGAUAUACAGGACUACGAGCUGGACAAGCACACCAAAACUUCGCCAAAUCCCUAUGGACCGAACACCCAUUAUGAGAGCACCUCUUUCACCGGAUCCUACACCUUCACCAGCGGUGGAAACUUGAAGCCCAUAAAUAUAAACCACAUGAAUCGCAUAGGGAACACCAACGAUGAAGUAGAGUUCUUAUAAUACGAAAUUUCGAAGAAAUAUUAAGAGUUGAUAUGAAAAUAAAUCUUUAAAAUGA